AUGUUGCUGAACGGGGGAGAACCGCAGAAGCAAGCGGGGAGGGUAGCAAAGGUGAUCCGUGGGUGCUGUAGAGUCCAGAGGCCGCCCCAGGGUUUCCAGAUUGAGGAUGAAACUCAAGUCUCUCGAGCAACCCAGGGUGAACAAGAUAACUAUGAGAUGCAUGUCAGAGCCGCAAACAUUGUCCGAGCUGGUGAGUCCCUGAUGAAGCUGGUGUCUGACCUGAAGCAGUUCUUGAUCCUGAAUGAUUUCCCCUCUGUGAAUGAAGCUAUCAACCAGCGCAACCAGCAGCUGAGAAGCUUGCAGGAGGAAUGUGACAAGAAGUUGAUUGCACUGCGGGAUGAGAUCUCCAUUGACCUGUACGAGCUAGAAGAAGAAUAUUACUCUUCCAGCUACAGUCUGUGUGACAGCAAUGAUCUUCCACUGUGCGAAGCCUACUGGAGACAAGACUUUGCCACGCUGUCCCCCGAAAGCCUCUCCAUGCCUCUGACAGCUGCCACAGCAGAGCAGAGCGUUACUACCUCCCAGAGCUCAACCCCAUCGCACCCUCACGUGAACGGGCACGGGGCGGGCCCCCCGGAGCACUCCUGAAGAGGACCCUCUGCUGCUGAACGUGUUCCUCCUGGCGGCACUGGGGUACUGGAAGUCUUCCACCUGCUGUACUGAGCAAGCGUCUCCCGCUGUCGGGAGAGCGCGCUGGAGCUGUACUUGCAGGUUUCUGCUCGCUGGAUAGCCGCAGUGCUUUCUCCACCCCUGGGACAUCACCACGAGGGUGCCUCUCCCUUAAGAGACGGGGAUACGUUAAAUACAAAGUUGAUUGUUCUAGCAAGUUAGAGUUAGUCUGCUUUUACAUGGCAGUUGCAUGUAGAGUUCAUUAGAAAUCGAGUUUGUUUCUGUGUGAAUCUCGGUAAGCACACGCUGGAGUGUUGGGAGUUGAAUUUCUUUGGGAUAAACUUGAGCCGAAUGUGGGGGCAGUGAGUGUUGUGGGGUUUUCACCCUGCUUCCCAAGGUUACUGAUGUUCUGGCUGCUUUAAAGCUCUCUCAGGAUGGCGCCUGACAACCUCCAUCCUGCUUGACUAGGGUAAGAAUCUUGUAGUAUUUUUUUACACGGUGGUCUUCACUGUGGGAGUGCUUCACAAACUUGAACUUCUUGCUCGCCAUCGUUUGGGAGGAGGCUCUCGGGAGACCUUCAUGGACGAGCAGAACGCUCCCUUUUGAAGAGGAAAAGGGCAAACCGAGGAACUGGGCUGAGGUAUUGACGAUGCCGCUUGCUCAAGGCCGCAGGUAGAAGCAGCGACAGGCUUUAGUUAGUCCGAUUCCUUUUUCGGCGUUUAGACAGCAACUUUCUAUUAACGUAGCCUGAGCUAACGUGAAGCCAGCGUUUAUGUCGCCUAACAGUUUCACCUAAUAAAAAACUCUUGAGAUGGCUGGGGUGCAUGGAGCGGAGAGGGAGGCUCGGUCACUCUCGCAGUUUCCUUCCAA